GUGACGCUCAGUCAGCUGACGCUUGCUCAGUCGACCUUCUCCACUGCGGAAGAUACACACAGAAAACACCAGCAUCCUCCGCAGUGUUUCACAUACACCUGUAUUCAAGCAUGGCGAGCCAGUCUCAGGGCAUCCAGCAGCUGCUGCAAGCCGAGAAACGAGCGGCAGAGAAGGUCGCAGAAGCCCGUAAACGGAAGAAUCGGCGUCUAAAGCAGGCCAAGGAGGAGGCGCAGGCCGAGAUCGAACAGUACCGCCUGCAAAGGGAGAAGGAGUUUAAGACUAAAGAGGCUGCGGCCCUAGGAUCCCAUGGAAACUCUGCCGUUGAGGUGGACAAGGAGACCAUAGAUAAGAUGAGCUGCAUCCAGAACAGUUAUCAACAGAACAAGGAGGCUGUGCUUGCCAACCUCCUUAAGAUGGUGUGCGACAUUAAGCCAGAGAUCCACGCCAACUACCGUGUUGCUGGAUAAACACAUGUCCAGUCGGCACAUCCAUUACAAUCCCUAAAUGCCCACAAAGCACUGAGACAAAGACUGCCACUGGACAUAACACGCUACAAUCUUAAUACCUGAUGAUAAAUGGCUGGACUCCAGCAUAUACAUGCAGCAUAUGAUACCAUCCUCUGACCGUUAAUUAAUGGUGUAUGUACAUUUUAACAGUUUUCUGCAUUGUUAUGGUCCAGUAAAAGUCUUUGUCUCUGCGAUCUUCGUUUACUGUUGUAUUGAGUUUAUCAGAGUGAGAUUCUUUCUUUGUGAGUGAGACCAUGUGUUUGUGUGAGUAUCUAUAUCUUGAUGCUACUACAUGUUGUUAAUUUAUAAGUAAUCAGAUGUUAUUGUUUUAUCUAAUCGAUGCAUACAAUAUAUAAUUUUUUGUGACCAAGAAGACAUAAUUGGCAUCUUAAUGUAGUGAUAGUUAUUAAAUUUGCUCCACAAUUCCUUCCUGUGCUCUUGUUCUGUAUAUGUAGGUGGCAUCGCUCUAGUUGAACAUGCUGAAGAAAAAAAGUAAUAAAUGUAUUGUUGUACUCGUUAA